CAUGUGACGGCAGCAGUUUGUGAACGACAAAACCAGAGAGAGACACACUCUGUCUCACACAGAGAGACACGCGCACAGAGACGGAGAGGAGUUUCGCAACUUAGGGAAGUUUUGUGGACCCGGGUCGUCUUUGGUUUUAUUUUUAUUUAUUUUUUUUUUUGCUCCCUCUCUCUCUUUCGGUCUUUCUUUCUUCCCUUUUGGUGCCAGUGACCAGCGGGAGGUCUGACCGUCGCCUGCGUCACUUUUUCAGCGGAGUUGUCUAAUUGAGUUUGUCGCGGGAUCCGAGCGUCUCUCCUGCAGGAUUAGACCGUGUCCCUUCACCUGAGAAGAGCCUGGCCUAUGCAGCCAUGCUGAUGUAUGACUACCCUCUGAAGGCAGACAUGGAGACGUCAUUCUACCCGUCGUUAGUGAAGACCCCCGAGCCGUACGGAGUGAUCCUGCCCCAUCCCCUCUACCCGAUGCACAUGCCGGCCUUCGCCCAGUCCCGCACCACCCCGGUCAACCCCACGCACGCCCAGCUGGAGCCCGUGGACCUGUCGGUCAGCAAGCGCCCCGCCUCCACCCCGUCCCCGCCCUCCACCUCCUCGCCGGCCUCCCCCCGGAGCUCGCCGCCCUCCCCCUACAGCCCCCCCUCGCAGAUGCGCUCCUCGCCCUCCCACCCCCACCCGGGCUCCAUUCCGUACCCGCCCAUGGUGGCACCGCUGGGGCCGGAGGUCAUCGUGUCCCCGGUCAUAUUUCCCCUGCACGUCAUCUACCCUUCGCUUCACCUGCGCCCCCCGAUGAAGAUGAGCCCACCCGCCGCCGGCGAGGACGACCACCUCCGGAGCAGGGAGCACAAAACAGCCUGUCAUUAUUUCUACCCAGUUCACUGCGCGGUGCCGCAGGAGUUGCGAGGCGACGUCCACGACCCCCACAAGCCGAUCAAGACGGAGACCCGGCCCGAGCUCAUCCACGACCACCACGGCGGACACGACAUGAAGCCGUCGGUCAUCAGGAGCGAAGAGUAUAACAACCCAUCAGUAAUAGUUCAUUCAGGCGCAAAGCAUCCUCUCCCUCCCGACUCUCCUGACUCUACGCCAAAGAGGCGAAGUCACCGCUGCGACUUCCCCGGCUGCAACAAAGUGUACACCAAGAGCUCCCACCUCAAAGCACAUCGCAGGACACACACCGGUGAGAAACCCUACAAGUGCAUGUGGGAAGGCUGCACAUGGAAGUUCGCCCGUUCAGACGAGCUGACGAGACACUUCCGCAAGCACACAGGAGUCAAACCGUUCCAGUGUCCCGACUGUGAACGCAGCUUCUCCCGAUCUGACCACCUGGCUUUGCACAAGAAGCGCCACCUCAUGGUGUGAACCCCCCUCCAUCUUCGGGGCAACUUGAAAGAAACGCCAACGCUGGGUUCAAUGUUGGACUGUACCACUUUGACUUGAGGGGGGGGAGAGGGGUUAAUCUAGCCGGCCUUACACUUUGGAUUCUGACAGGGAAGUGGGGAAAUGUUCCUCAGGGUGCAAGUUUAGAGCCUUUCACCUCAUUAGCCUGAAGACGAGCUGGGGGUUUCUCUACGCAGCUCGUUUUUUUUUUUUUUUUAUGGUAGCUGUGCCAGAUCUUUGAUGUCAGCUGCGGAGGUUUCUGGAUGCUUUCUUUUUGAGGGCGGCUGCAGGAUCUCAGCGGGCCUGAGAGCGGCCGAACCAAACCUGCAUCGACACCCCAGUCUGUUCAAGCCACGCAGCACUCUCAAGCUUCUUUUUGCAACCUCGCCUCUCAUUUCUUUGCAAGUUAAAAAAAUAAAUAAAUAAAUAAAUAAAGUUGUGACUUAGACAUACACUCUCACACACGUUAUUUUGCAAGCUAGGCCAAUAAAAUGUGAAACUUUCUCGAAUGUAUCAUAUCACACCUACUGUGCAUUGUGUCAUACAUCAGCUUAUUUUUUUUUUUCUUUGCUUCCAUCGGCUCGGCUACCUGCGACUUAAUGCUAACUCCUCCUUCAUGGACCGCCACAUUAAAAGCACCACACACCUCAUCUGCCUCUACAAGCUUACAUCAUGAAGUGACGACAGGUAGCUAACGCUCGCUUUCUAUUUGUACAUACCUACACGCACACGUUUAACGCCGCACACAGCAGAAUACGUGCACUUAUUAAAAGCAGCUCAGCCUUGGUAUUGUGUACUUUUGGGGGUUAAAAACAAAGUGGGGACUGUGGGUCUCAUUCAUUGUCAGAGUGAAGUGUUUUUUUUUUUUUUUUUUUUAAUGUUUUCAUUCAGAAAUGUGAAAGUUGCUACACAGGGGCAUUAAUGUGUUUGUGUGGAAAAAGACACCACUCGGUUGGUUUUAAGGGUAGAAGCAAUGAAACGUCUUACCGUUUGACUUAUAUCAAGUUUAUGUAUCUAUGAACUAUAUUUUGGUUUGUGAUGUGACACCGCGGUAGCCUUUUUUUUUUUUUUUUCAAAUUGUAUGACACUUUUAUAUGGGAAAAUUACAAAGUGCAAAGCAGGGAAUUUUGCGCUUAAUUUCUUUUUUUUUUUUUUUUCGGAGCAGUUGAGUUAAAUUCCAAACCACCACACAGGAAAAUAUGUCUUUUUUUAAAAAAAAGGAAAUGCCGUUUAAUUUAUACAGUCGAAAUGUUUUUAUAAUUCCCCCAAAUUUGUGUGAUUUUAAAAAGAGUUAAAAAAGAAAAGAAAAGAAAGGAAAAAUCAGCUACUAAACCAUCCACUUCUUAAAUCAUGAUUUUUAGAGCACAUUUCUUUUCAGCUUCUGGAGAACAAAAUAGUUUUGUUAAUAGCGUAUUUGUACAUCUCCAAUGUGCACUUUAUAUAUAUUGAUAAAUAAAUAUAUAUAUAUAUAUAUAUUAAAUUAUAUAACUAAAGUAUAUGACAUUCCCAAAAUCAAACAUUUUGAAUCACAUCAUUUGUUUCUAUUCAUAGAUAUACUGGUCGGUUUGAUCAGAAACAUUCAACAGAAUAAUGUGACGCCAGAAAAAAGUAUAAACCCUCAUUGAUUCACACACACACACCGAAUGUAGUGGCUCAACUGAUCUAUAUGUGCUCCUUGAUACACUUUGCGGUUUUUGCUUGUAUAUGUUUUGUAUCUCUGCAAAUGCAAGUUGUAAUAUAUAUAUAUAUAUAUAUAUAUACAUACAUACAUAUAUAUAUAUAUAUACAGUACAUAUAUAUAUAUAUAUAUUUUAUUAUUGAUUAUUAGACUGAAAGGGCAAUUAAAGGUUUUUAUUAAGCAUGAUUUUGAUACUAUUAUACAUUUCUAUAAUGUCGUGUCUAUAAAAAACUCUAUCUCUUUUUAAUCUAAACGUUGGCAAUUCAAAGGGAACGUGUUAAACUGUGAACAUAUAACUGUACAGGUCUGUCUGCAAUUGUGCAUUUUUGAACAGAAUAUUCAUACCACUUAAUAAACUUAUUGGUAAUAUUUGCA